AUGAGCAAACCAUCAAACCGAAUUGAGGUUUUUAAAAAGAAAGUUAAGGGUUCUGGGUCAGAACAUCCUAAAGAUGAUUCAUCCAAAGCAUUUUCAGAGGAGAAGCCUGAAAAACCAUCAUUGAAGGAGGAUUCUGCUUCAAACCGAGGAGCCCAAGAUGAUUCUUUGAUCGAGAGCAUAGCCUUGAAUAGUAAUAUUGGUGAGGUGAAAAAGGAUGAGCAUUCAUCAAAGAGAAAGAAAGUUUCAAGCGAUCCGAGCUCGUCGUCAAAGAAGAAGAAGAAACACAAAGGCUCAGAUGAGGAUCAAAGCGAUGAUUUUGAGCUUGACCCCAAGAUGAAAAAGCAAAAGAGAAAAUCCUUGCAAGACAUUACAAAUUUCAUUCAAGAGAAAUCACUCCUCAUGAAGAAAGGAAAAUCUUCGAAAUCUGUUUCAAAUCAAAAGAAAACUAGUAGUGUUUCUGCCACAGAUGAAAACGAAGAACCAACGUCAACCCUCAAUUCCACUCGCACCGAGCAAUCAUCCUCGCGAUCAAUUGAAGAGAAGAUUCCAAAGGAUAAAACUCCAAAAAAGUCAAAAUACAAGCAGCUUCUACAACAAGAACUAAUGAAACAAGCAAAGAAAAAAACAUACAAAACACAGUACGAACAAUUUGUUACAGAAGAAGUCGGAAAGAUUAGCGAAGAAAUAGUUUCGUCAUCAAUUCAAUUUUUUGGAACCAAUCAGACAGAACUACUGGACACUUCAAUGCAUGAAAGUCUCUCUGACGGCCAAAAAGCUGUAUCCCUGGUCGAGAAUUUAACAAAGAAAGAAUUUCCACCUCCAGGGCAAGAAGUUUCAAUUCAACGGACAGACUCCACUUCUCCAAAAGCUGACUCCCCCUUGUUGGACCUUGGUGACGAAAGCUUUACACUUCCCAAGUUUGUAUCACAUCCUCCUUCCUCAAGUUCGUCCAAUCACGAUGAUUCUCUUAACCUUGGAGAUUUAAUGCAAAGCUCAGCAAGCCCCUUCUCCUUAAGAUAUAAUGUUUUCUUCAAGGACUGA